AUGUUAAGGAAGGUCUCGCUGAGAUACUCAGAUGCAGACAAAUAUGAAGAUGGAACAUUGCACGCAAUUUUAGAGGGUCACCUAAAAAAUUUGCCACCUUUGUCAACAAGACUUGUCCGUGUUUUCAUAAGUUCAACUUUUUCGGAUAUGAUUCAGGAAAGAAACUGUUUAAUGGAGAAUUCUUACUUUAAAUUGAAAAGCUAUUGUCUUGAGAAAUACAGACUUGAAUUUCAGAUGAUUGAUUUAAGAUGGGGUCUCAGGGAGGAGUCACAAGACGAUCACACAAUCAUUGAAUUUUGUAUUAAAGAAAUCGAAAAAUGUAAACAUUUAUCAAUUGGACCUAGUUUCGUGGCCUUGUUGGGACAAAAAUAUGGUUAUCGUUCUUUUCCAUCCACAAUUGAGGCAAAGGAGUUUGAAAUAAUGCGUGAAGCGUUGCUUUGCAAUGGUAAAGACAUAAAUUUGUUGUCAAAAUGGUACCAAAAAGAUGAAAAUAUUAUUCCUAAUGUCUACACACUGCAACCUAUAAGUUCUAUCAUCAAAAAUUACACGAAUUCUGAUGUUGGACUGAAGCAAACUGCGAGAGAAGAAUGGGAAAAAGUUUUUUCACAGCUUCAACAUAUUUUACGAUUGGGUGUUCUACUAUGCACUGAGCAAAAUCUUAUAUCAAGGAAAGAAAAAGAAAAAUAUUUCAUUUCAGUGACAGAGUAUGAGAUUUUGAAAGGAAUGCUGGAAUCCUCACAAGCCAAGCACACGUCCUUCUGUUUAACAAGAAACAUUUCCAAUCUGGAAGAAAACAUUCACAACAAGCGGGCGCGGAAGUUCAUUGACCUGCUGCCUGACAAUGACGUCAUAGACAGGGAUGCUCAACAAAUGCUCAACAAUUUGAAGAAAACGAAAAUAAAACCAUUGUACGGAAAAUCUGAAGAAAAUAUGGAGCACUUCGAAAUAACUUGGACAGAUUUAGAGCAGUCUGAUCCCACUGAAAAUGAUGAAUAUCUUAAGCAUUUUUGUGAGGUGUUUGAAAAUAAAGUAAAAUUGCUGGUUGACAAAGCACUUACGAAUUUGAGAAAUAUUACGAGAAAUACUCAAGUUGUUGAAAUUCAUCAGCAUUUGAACAUGUGCAGGAACCGAAGUCAAGUAUUCAGAGGCAGAGAUGACCACAUGAAGAAGUUGAAAGAUUACCUCUCCAGACCAGCGAAGUAUCCUCUCGUUCUUUAUGGUUUGUCCGGCAGUGGCAAGACUUCGGUCCUGGCUCAAUGUGCCAAUCUCAUUAAAAUUUGGUUUCCUCAGUCAACGCCGACAGUUAUUAUUAGAUUUCUAGGCAAAUAA